AUGUCAAUGAAGUAUGAAGACCUCCAGACCUUGGAGAGUGAGAAGAAGAGCCAGAGGUUUAGAAAUGGGGUGUCUCUUUCCCAGCCCUUCCUGCAGCAUCUCUGCUCUGGACCCCGUCCCCAUCUGCUCUCCGUGGGCCUCAGCCUCCUCUUGCUGGUCGGCAUCUGUGUGAUUGGAUCCCAAAAUUCCAAAUUUCAGAGGGACCUGGUGACCCUGAGAACGACUUUCAGCAAUAUCACUUCAAAUACUGUGGCUGAGGUCCAGGCACUGCACUCUCAGGAUGACAGUUUGCAAGAAAUGAUAACAUCUCUGAAAGCCACGGUGAAAAAUCAUGAACAGGAACUGCAAGCAGGUUAUUCUGAAAUGCUCCUGCGAGUCCAGCAGCUGACCAAAGACUUGAACUCCCUGAAUUGCCAGAUGGAUGCUCUCAAGAACAAUGACACUCAAAAUACCUGCUGUGCUGUUAACUGGCUGGAGUAUGAAGGCAGCUGCUACUGGUUCUCUCGUACUGGGAAGUCCUGGCCUGAGGCUGAGAAGUACUGCCAGCUGGAGAACGGGCACCUGGUGGUCAUCAACUCCAGAGAGGAGCAGAAUUUUCUCCAGGAACAUAUAGGAUACGCAUAUACCUGGAUAGGCCUCACUGAUCCUGAAGGAGUCUGGAAAUGGGUGGAUGGGACAGACUAUGAGACCAGUUUCAAAAACUGGAAACCAGGCCAGCCAGACGAUUGGCAUGGGCAUGGGCUGGGUGGCGGCGAGGACUGUGCCCACUUCCUCCCUGAUGGCAAGUGGAAUGAUGAUGUCUGCCAGAGGCCCUACAACUGGAUCUGUGAGGCCAGCCUGCACAAGGCCAGCUAG